UUUUUUUCUUUUUUGACUUCAACAACUACUAAAAAAAAGAAAGAAAAUUCACAACAAAAAUUCUCACAAAAAUUUCUCAUAAAAAAAAGAAAAAACCCAAAAAAUGUUUUAAGUGUUAAUUUAUUUAUCAAAUUUAUGUUUAAUGCUGUAAAAAUUCUGCUUCCAUAUAAUAUAUUCAAUUACCAAAGUCCUGAUAUUAAAACAAGAAACAAAAAAGAAAACUUGUGUGAAGAAAUUUAAUUAAAUUAAGAGAAACAAAAAACAAAAGAAAAAAAUCACAAGGAAAAACAAAACAACAAAAAAAAAAUGAUUUUCUAAUUUUUUUCAAAACAACUACAUAACUUGGACACAUAUCAUGUAUUUUCCUGUUGGCUGGCCAAAGGCCAUCAAUCUCUCACUCAACUCCGAACACAAUACAAUCCGUCACAUCGCCUGCGAUGCUGUUAAAAUUCUCAUUGCUGCAAUUGGUGAAAGUUUUAUUGGCAUUUGGUAUGCCAAUCCUUUGAUUCCCAUAACAUUUCAUCAACGAAGUGAGGAAUCUAUCGAACAACAUGGUAACAAUCGUUUGAUUGUAUGGAAACCAGAUUCAAGUAAAUUAGCAGUUGUCACUGAUUAUGGACAUUUGUUAUUCUAUAAAAUCGAAGUCGAUGGUAAUAAUGCUGGAGUUCUAACUCAAGUUGAUUCUCCUUUGUCCAAUUUGAAAAGAGAUUCCGCUGAAUUGUUUAUUAAAGAAGUCAUUCCUAGACUUUAUUUGAAAGAGAUUUGUACAAUUGCUAUGGACUCGGUAAUAACAACUUUUUGUUGUGUUAGUUUAGCUGAAAUUGUUGUGACGACAGCGAAUUGUGAGUUUGUACGAACACAAUGGGAUGAUUUCGAAGGAAAUCAAGCAACUGUCGAUUUAAGAAGUAUUCCAUUCUAUUUAAAUCAAAAUAGCAAUCUGAAAAACCUCCCUCCAAUUGGUAGAAACUCCUUUAUAUCAGCUAUGGAGUAUUCUCCAUUUAUUGGUGGCUUUGCUGUAGUCUUUAAUGACUGCCGAGCGGCUUUUCUUAGCGUCCACCAGAAAAUGCAUGGGUUUUGGGUGCCCGAUGUUGAUGAUGCUACUGUUUGUAGUGUCAAUCACAAAUUUAGACUACUUGCUUACGGCAGGAGAAACUCAGAAGUAGCUGUCUAUGCAAUUGAAGACAGUACGGGUGGGUUGGAAUUUUGUCACAAACUUUCCCUCAAUUCCAAGGAAUUCCCUGGAACAUUGGGAGCUGUAAAUGAGCUCAAAUGGUCACCAGAUUCUUGUGUGCUAAUUGUAGCUUGGGACAAUGGUGGUAUAUCUCUUUGGAGUACCUUCGGAACGAUGCUUAUGUCCUCCCUCAGUUGGGAUUUUGGAAUCCAUGUCGACUUACUCCGAAAUAAUCCACUUGUUGUAGAUCGAAUGGAAUGGUCCACCGAGGGAUAUCAAUUGUUUUUGAUUCGACGAGAAGGAACAGUUCUCCAAUUGAGUUUUGUCAAAAGUGCUUUGACUAUGAAUCCAAGCAUGGCAUCGACAUCUCAUAUUCUUCUUCAAUCCGAUGAUACUUUGUAUCUAAAUCAAGGUGAUAAUCUUGAAAAAAUCUACUUUGGAUCGAAAUUCAUCUUUCCUAAUAAUCAAGCCGAUUUAAAUGUGAAUCCUCUUGAUUCCGGAGAUAAUUUGGAAGUUCAGAAAUCGGUUGAUAUAUCAAGUAUAUUAUCGGAAAGUAAAUAUUGGAGUGUAUUACAACUUCCAUUGACUUAUGCGGCAACAAAUUGGCCGAUUAGAUAUUCAGCUAUAGAUACAGAUGGUAUGCAUGUUGCUGUAGCUGGGAGAACUGGAUUGGCUCAUUAUUCUCUGCUGACCAAGAGGUGGAAACUAUUUGGCAAUGAAUCACAGGAAAAGGAUUUUGUUGUUACUGGAGGAUUGAUGUGGUGGAGGGGAUUUAUUGUCCUGGGAUGCUUUAGCUUGCUUGAUCGAACUGAUGAGAUUCGAUGCUAUCCGGAAGAGUGUAAGCUAGAUAACCAGUUUGGGAAUAAGAUUCAAGUUCGUGCACCGGUAAUAUCGUUGAAUAUGUUUAAGAAUCAAUUAAUUUGUCUAACAGCUGAUGGAAUAGUCAGUACAUUUGCCCUAAAGAAAUUGAAUGCCUAUAACAUGGAUGUUUCGUGCAUUUAUGAAAUGGACAUUAAAGGAAUCUGUAUCCAUCCAGCUUGUAUAGUUUCUUUGACAAUAACAAAUUUGAAAAAUGAACUUGCCUCCAAAGCUAACGCUCCGGAAACUAUAAUUUUCAAUGUCAGUGGAAGGAUUCUAAUGGUGCAAAGAGAUGCUCGAACUAGCGUCAUCAAUCAUCUAAUGGCCACUUGUCUAGCAUCAUGUGUUGAAUGCUUUUGGUUAUCAAACUCCGAUCGAAGUCCAAUGGGUGAUUGUUUAUGGUUGUAUAGUGGAUCACAUGGAAUGCGAGUAUGGUUGCCAAUUUUACCACCAAAUGAAGAAGUACGUGAUUCUCAUCGUUUGCAUUCGUUUAUGUCAAAGAGAAUUAUGUUGUCGUUUCCAUUGAAACUCUAUCCAUUGGUUAUACUCUUUGACAAUGUCAUUGUUUUGGGUGUUGAAAAUGAAACAACUCUUUAUACCAACGAAUCGAGUUCACAUUUCUCACUGCCAUUUUGUUUGUUGGAACGAAAAAGCCAAGUGUACCUUCAUAAAAUUUUACGUCAAUUAAUUAAACGAAAUCUUGGGUAUAGUGCCUGGGAGAUAGCUAAAUCUUGUAGUGCGUUACCAUAUUUUCCACAUUCGUUGGAGCUUCUUUUGCAUGAAGUUCUAGAGGAAGAAGCUACAAGUAAAGAUCCAAUUCCGGAUGCUUUAUUGCCGAGUAUAUUAGAUUUUAUUCGAGAAUUUCCAGUUCAUAUGCAAACGAUUGUGCAAUGUGCGAGGAAAACAGAGAUUGCCUUAUGGCCAUAUCUGUUUUCAGUGGCUGGGAAGCCAAAGGAUUUAUUUCAACAGUGUUUGAAAAGCGAAGAGUUAGAAACUGCUGCAAGUUAUUUGAUUAUAUUACAAAAUUUGGAGCCUUCGGCGGUGAGUAAGCAAUAUGCUACUUUGUUGUUGGAUAUAGCUUUGGAGAACCGCAAAUGGGAGCUAGCCAAGGAUCUAAUACGAUUUCUCAAAUCUAUAGAUCCCAAUGAGAUUGAUUCUCCACGUUCGUCCAUGAUUGUAAAUCAAAAGAUUGCCCCCACUCAACAGCCAAAUCAAGUUAAUCCCAAUCCAGAGGUCUUUAAUUUGAUUCUGGGUUCAAUAGCACGUGAACGGAGUUUUUCAACGCCGAUUGUCAAUACAAAUCGCAAUGAAAAAAAAGACAAGAAGGACAAAGAGAAACGAGAAAGCAUUUCGGGUAGUGUUCCGCCGACAACACCGACAUUAACAUCACAAAAAGAACCACCAACUGGUGCAAGUGCACCGACUGGUAUCACAUUCCGUCGCAAAUCCGAGAGAAGCAUUUCCAAGGAUAAACGUGAGACAUUUUUCAUUGAAACAAUAUUGCAACGCCAAGCACGUAUGCUUCUUGAGAAUUGUAAACUCAUCGAUCUAGGUUAUAUGAGUGCAUUUUUAGACUUCCAUUUGGUCAGUUGGCUGUCACAAGAAAAAGAUAGAUCGGCCAAACUCGAUGAUUUUGUAUCGGCUCUCAUACUAAUGCAUAAAGAGCUCAAAUUACCACCACCUUAUGUAAACAAUGGCAACGAAGUACACGAAACUAAUCUAUUGCCAAACAACGAUUUGUCAAAAUGUCGCAAUACAUCGAGUCAGACUUCAGAGUCUGGAUAUUUUAGUCUUCCUUUAGUUGAAAAUACUCAUCACCAUCAUUCUAUCCCGGCAAUAAAAGAAAGUGAGGAACUUAUCACACAAGUCUCUAAUAAAUCCCGUUCGAAUUCACAAACUUUGGAUGAGAAUUAUCCGGAAAGAAGGUUUUCAUCUCUGCAGCAUGAUGAAAUGAAUUUUGCUGCUUUUAAUUUUCAAGCCGAGGCGCGGGCCAAAAUCUUGCCAGAAAAAUUAAGCGUUAAGAUUCGUUAUCUUUUGCAAUUGUUCAUCGAGGCGAAUUGUAUUGAUUAUGCGUUGAUUUUGUCGAUUUUGUUAUUCGAUGCUGCGUCAAUUGGUCGUAUAAUUAAUUUUGUUGUUCGUAGUGAGUCGAUAGCAUCUUGUAAUCGAAUACAGACGGCAUUGAAGAAGAUUACACAAUGGUCGUUAGAGGAACAGUGUAUUUAUCGUGGUUUUAUGAUUGCUUUGCAGCCACAGGUUUAUCUCCUCGAUCAAUACGUCCUUGCGUCAGCGGCGAAAAAGUGUGCAGCUGAAAACAACGAAGCUGCAAGAGAAGAGAGUUUACAAAUGGAGAAUAAAUCAUCGACAGAGAUUCUAGACAAUCCUCCCUCAAAUGUCAAUAACAACAACGUUGCAAACAAUUCAAAUUGGAUUGAAUCGAAAAAACGUACUGAAACAGUGCGUCGCAUGAGCAAUACAGAGCUAGCUAUGGCCAAUAAUAGCUUGUACAGUGGUAUAAGUAAUAAUUUGAGGCACAGCUCAACAAAGACAAUGACAAUGCCACGAACUUCCAGAGAUCAGCAAUUAGUUCUUAAGAAUGAUAAUGGAUUAUGUAGCAUAAUGUAAUUGGUUUAAAUUUUAACGUAGCAUAACAUAGAAACAAUUAUUAUAUUUUUUUUUCAUUUUUGUUGCUGUUUGAUGUAGAAGAAAAAAAAACGAUAUUUGUAGAUUUUUGUGUCCUUUCUUUCCCAUCUGAAUUUUUUUCUUUUUUUUUUUUGUGUUUUUAAACCUUAAACAAAAUUUAUUCCACACCCCACAGGGAACAGCGAGUGAUGUUAGUUUAAAUUUAUCAAAUUGUUAAAAAUAUUUGUAUUUUAUAACAGAAACAUUUUCUAAAAAUAAAAACAAAAAAAAAAAAUUAUACAAUUAGGUAGAAAUUCGAGUGAAAUUUUUGGUGUUUUUU